GAUAAAAAAUUGUUAAAAUUAAAUUUUUUCUUCUCCUAAAUUGUGCUCAAAAUAAAAAUAUGAUGCUUUCUUGUAACAGUAAAAUUUCUUAAAUGGUUUAGUUGAAGUCGAUUUGAGUUUCUGUCAACAUUUAAGAUUGUCGCUGUCGUAGUGAAUUAUAAUUGACUUUUUAAUUAAAAAAAAAAAAACUCAAUUUGAAUAUGGUAAUGGAAGAAGAAUUCUAGGAUUUAUAGGAAGAGGCUCUAGGAAAAGUAAAGAAAUAGAUUAAAUUAUAAAAAGUAUAAAAAUGGAUAUUCAAAAAACUGUUGACGAUGAGACCAAUCAGAACGCAGAAUUCCAAACUAAUCGGAAUAGUAAUUUACCUGUAGUUAUACCUGUUAUAGCAGGCGUAAAAAAUAAUAUAACUGAGACAGAAGUUUGCCAUGAGUAUGAAGAUGUUCUCGACAUAAUUGGUUUUGGUAAGACACAAUGGAUUGUUUUGUUUACUUCUGGCCUACUUUUAAUGAUGGUUAUAAACGAAACUAUGGGUAUGAGCAUCGUAACCAUUGCAUCGCAAUGCGAUUUCUCAACCACAUCUCAAGAGAAAGGACUCUUGGGCGCUGCCGCGUUUAUAGGUAUUUUGUGCACCUCAUAUUUUGCGGCUUACUUAUGCGAUACAAUCGGUAGGAGGCCGUUGUUAAUAUAUACCACAUUGUGCGGGAAUAUAUUUUCCUUUGCAUCCAUUUUUACACCCUACUAUUCAUUGUUUGUCUUCCUACGGUUUUUAGUGGGCGCAUGCAUAGCGGGCGCUUCAUUUAUAACGUAUGCUUACUUAGGGGAAUUCUAUGUCACACGUCACCGACCUGUGGUUAUAAAUUACGCUUGUCUAUUUGUGGGCUUGUCAGUAGCAUAUGUACCAGCUGUGGCUUGGUUGGUUUUGUCAAUGGAUUGGUCUUUCGCGAUUACUGAGACCUUUCAAUUUCGUCCUUGGCGUUUAUUAAUUGUGUUUAAUGCCUUACCCGGUUUUAUAGCAGUCCUGGUAAUGUUUGCUUUGCCGGAAAGUCCGAAAAUUUUAAUGUCUAUGGGUAAACAAAAAGAAGCUUUUGAGGCCGUGAAUAAGAUUGCGAAAAUGAAUACUGGACGAACCUUGGAGGAUUUUAAAGUUUAUAGUUUGUGUCAAGAAACGCUAUCAGACAAUGAUAAAAUCCUCCUAACCUCAAAAUCAGCAAGCGAGGUUGUCAAACGGAUGUGGCAGGAUGCCCUACCAUUAUUCAAAAAACCACAUGUUUUCAACUUUUUGAUAUGUUGUAUAAUAAUGUGCGGAGUAUUUUUAAUAAAUUCCGGAAUGGGUCUAUGGUAUCCGGAAAUUCAAAAUCGUUUGGGUAUGAAAGCUACAACCCCUAUGACUAUUUGUCAAGUUAUAGACAGCUUUAUAGAUCAGCAAAACUCCACCCAGAAUUCGCAGAUAUGUGAUGAUACUAUUACAACCAAAAGUUAUAUUGACUCGUUAACGUUCGGUUUGUCCUUCACUGCUGGAUACUUUGUACUCGGUUUUAUUCUAAAACCUUUUGGCCGUAAACUGACUAUGGUUAUGGCUUUUGGGGUUGCGGCCUUUUGUGGUUUCCUUUUACAUUGGCUCCAUAAUCCAAUUGCGAUAGUGGUUUGCUUUAUUUUGUUCCUAAUACUACCUGGUGUGUGCAUAUCAGUAUUGAGCGGAGCUGUUGUAGACCUUGUACCCACACACUUAAGGGGAAAAGCUGUCUGCGUUUGCUUGAUGUUGGGCCGAUUGGGAAGCAUAAUAGGUAGUAAUGUGGUUGGAGCUUUUCUGGAAUCAUAUUGCAAUGCGACCUUUAGUGUAUUUUACGUAUUAGUACUAGCAUGUGCGGGCUUGGCUAUGCUCUUACCUAUUGGUAGAAAAUCAUGAGCGUGCAAUGAAUUAUUUCCCACAGAUUGUUUCUAAUUAAUGUGUAUGUGCAUACCUAAGUUAAAGAUUUCAAGAUUUAAGUGCAUAGUUUUAUUUUUUUUUUUUUUUUUAAUAUUUAAUCGAGAUAACUUUUAUAAGCGGCUUUUUUUAUUUAUAUUACCUCUUAAUCAAAUAUAAUAAGAAUUUAGUUUAAAAAUAGUGCAACAAGAUUUUACGUAUGUUCUCUAUUCUUUUAUUAAUUUAAAAUGUGGUAAUACAUUGUUGCCAAAAAAUAUACUAAUUAAUCUGUGCUCCAGUAGAUGUUACAACAAA